UGGCUUGGAGCUUAUUCUCCAACCUGUGUUCAUAUCAAAGCCAUAUACCAGGUGCGUCGUGGUACAUCUAUCAGGCCAUAAAGCAGGCUCAACUCAAGCUGAAAGAAAAUGCUCGUCCUGUGCUGUGUCAGGACGCGGCGGUGCAGAGAGCUGGCAUUGGUCGAUGCUGCGCCACGGUCACCCCGGACCUAGAUGGCUACCUCGUUAGGCGCGCUCGCGCAAGACAGGUAUCGGGGAAGUGACGUCACAAGCCGCGGAAGCCGGAGGCGGGCGUUUGGGAGAGCAAGAUGGCAGCGAAAUCCGACGGUCGGGGGCUCGCCACUGCCACCGGCUUUGCCCAGCUGCACAACCUGGACGAGGCGGCGGGCGGCGGCUGCAGUGAGGACUACCCGCGGGAGGGCAGCUCGCUGCACAUCUGCCACUGCUGCAACACGUCCUCGUGCUACUGGGGCUGCCGGAGCGCGUGCCUGCACUACCUGCUGGGCAAGGGGCGGGAGGGCGCGCGGCCAGCGCGGGAGGAGCGCCUCUGGCUCGACUGCCUGUGGAUCGUGCUGGCACUGGUCGUCUACUUCUGGGACGUGGGCACCGACCUGUGGCUGGCGGCGGACUACUACGCCAAGCAGGACUACCUCUGGUUCGGGCUCACGCUCUUCUUCGUGCUGGUGCCAUCUGUGCUCGUGCAGAUACUGAGCUUCAGGUGGUUCGUGCAGGAUUACACGGGAGGCGGCUUGGGCUCUGUAGAAGGGCUGAGCAGCCGGAGAGCCACGACGAGUUCCCGCAGACGCGGCAAGUGCUGCCGCAUCUCUGUCUGGGUCUGGCAGACGCUCAUCCACAUCCUGCAGAUGGGACAAGUGUGGAGGUAUAUCCGGACCAUGUACCUCGGCAUACAGAGUCGCAGGCAAAAGGAAAAUCAGCGACGUUUCUAUUGGGCCAUGAUGUACGAGUAUGCUGAUGUGAACAUGCUUCGUCUCCUCGAGACGUUUUUGGAAAGCGCCCCACAGUUAGUGCUCCAGCUCUGCAUAAUGAUCCAGAAGAACCGCGCUGAGACGCUGCAGUGCAUGUCAGCAGUUGCCUCUCUCUUGUCUCUCUCCUGGGUGCUGGCCUCCUACCAUAAGCUUCUGCGCGACUCUCGCGAUGACCAAAAGAGCAUGAGCUACCGAGGAGCUCUGGUGCAUCUCCUGUGGCGCUUCUUCACCAUUUCCUCACGGGCACUUUCCUUUGCCCUCUUUGCCUCGGUUUUCCACCUCUACUUCGGCAUUUUUGUGGUGCUACAUUGGUGUGCUAUGGCCUUCUGGGUGAUUCAUGGUGGCACUGACUUCUGCAUGUCCAAGUGGGAGGAGGUGCUCUUCAACAUGGUGGUUGGUGUGGUGUACGUCUUCUGUUGGUUCAACGUGAAGGAAGGCAGGACUCGAUACCGAAUGAUAGCCUAUUACUCACUGGUGUUGGUGGAGAACACUGUCCUGACUGCCUUGUGGUAUGUCUACAGAGACCCUGUCACCACUGACUCGUAUGCCGCAUCUGUGCUCUGCGGCGUCUUCCUGUGCUUCGCCUCAGGAGUGGUAUGCAUGGUCCUCUACUAUGGGGUUUUGCAUCCUAUGGGUCCCAGGCUGAGGGUCCUGGCAAGCUCCUGUUGUGCUGAGCUCCUCUGGGGCCUCCCCCUGCCCCCAGAGGCUGAGCCUAUGGCCCCGACUCCAGGGCCUCGUGGCUCUCAGGCCACCCCCACUCGGGGCAUGGCUUCAGGGGAAUAUGGAGAAGCUGAGGAGGCUGUCACGGAUACCUGCUUGCCUGUAUUCCAGGUGAGGUCCACAUUGCCCACUGAUGCAGCAGGCCGGCCCAUUCAUCCUGAAGGGCCCCUGAUUAAGAUUGACAUGCCCAGGAAGCGAUACCCAGCCUGGGAUGCACACUUUGUAGACCGUCGCUUGCGACGGACCAUAUAUAUCCUCCAGUACAUCAGCCCCAAUGCAGUGGGCAUCAGGUACAGGGAUGGGCCUCUUCUCUAUGAGCUGCUCCAGUAUGAGUCCUCCCUAUAAAGCACCCCCCCCCCCUCCCCCCGAUCUCCAAAACACACAAUGUGCUUCACCUCUCUCCAUUUGGGUGCUUAUUUUCUUCAGUUGAAUUUAGUUAUUCAGCCGUCAUUAGAGUAUUUCAAAAGGUCUAAGAAGUUCUAAACAGAGAAAAUUUUACAUUUAUUUUCACAAAUAAAGAGAAUAUUAUUACAGAAAUGGAGAACUAAGUCGAAAAUAAGCAGUCCUUAAAAGGAGCCCUUGUUAUGUGGAUGUGUGCCACCAAUAUAUAUGUUGGAUAGUGUCUUUGUCCUGGUUAACUCUGAGAUGUGUUAAGUCCCAUGGGAAUGAUGGAGGACCAUAGUACUCCUUAACUAAUUUUCGGAUUUCCAAGUAACUAUUUAGUGCCUAUUAUAAUUAUGAGUGAAUGUGACAACACAGGACCGAAAGGCGAUCAGCGCUAUCUAAACAGUGCUGCAGAGCAAAAGAAAAGCACACAAUGAGCAUAGCAUGUUUUACAUUUCUUUCUAUAUUGAUAAAAGGGCAAAGGUUUCUAAGUAGCUCCUUACUCACCUCUGCUGAAGUAUCACCGAUAUUUGUUUGAUUACCCAUUACUGGCUUUCAUUUAGUUUCCAAUAAUUAGAUAUUUAAAGACCCAAAUUAAUAGUACUAGCAUUGCAAUCAUUGGGCAAAUAACACUGCCAUAAACACUUUAGUAAAUAAGAAGGCCUUAAAAUAUAAACUGCAUUUCUGUGUUCUUUUCAUAUCCAUUAGUGUAGGGAGUCAAAUGUAAUCAAAAAAGUGCAUGAGUGUUAGGCCAUUUUGCAUAAACAUACAGUGCCCUCCACUAAUAUUGCCACCCUUGUAAAAUAUAAGCAAAGAAGGCUGUGAAAAAUUGUCUUUAUUGUUUAACCUUUUGAUCUUUUGUUGAAAAAAAUCACUCUGUUC